GGGAGCCGGGCCCGAACUGGCUGCCUCUCCGGGGCCGCGGCCAAUCCGGAGCGCGCCCCCCCGCGCGGGAGGGCCCUGGGCGCCGCCGCCGCCGCCGGGCGGAGCCGCGGGCAGAGCGGGGAGCCACAGAGGGGACAGCCCGGUCGCCCGCCGCCGCCGCCGCCGCCCGCGGGGCCUCUCCCCCUCGCCAUGCCGCCGUGGGGCGCCGCCCUCGCCCUGCUCCUGGCCGCGAUCGCCCUGCUCGGCCUGCUGGCCCGCCGGCUGCUGCGGCGCCUAGGGAGGCGCGCCGUCGGAGCCGGGACCCCGCCGGGGACCGGGGUCCGGGACGCCGAGGAGGAGGAGGCGGACGGCGGAGGCCCCGCGGACCGGUUCGGCCCCGGGCGCGAGGCGCUGCCCGGCGGCUGCCGGCUCCUCUGCAAGCCGUCGGCGCUGGCGCAGUGCCUGCUGCGCGCCCUGCGGCGCUCGGCGGCGCUGGAGCCGGGCCCGCGCUCCUGGCUCUCGGGGCCCCACCUGCAGACCCUCCGCCACUUCGUGCUGCCCGCCGGGCCGGGCCCCGAGCUGGCCCGCGAGUACCUGCAGCUGGCGGACAACGGGCUGGUGGCCCUGGACUGGGUGGUGGGACCGUGCGCGCGGGGCCGUCGGGUCACCCACGCGGGGGGCCUCCCCGCGGUGCUGCUGGUGAUCCCCAACGCGUGGGGGCGCCUCACGCGCAACGUGCUGGGCCUCUGCCGGCUCGCCCUGGAGCGCGGCUACUACCCCGUCAUCUUCCACCGCCGCGGCCACCACGGCUGCCCGCUGGCCAGCCCUCGGCUGCAGCCUUUCGGGGACCCUUCCGACCUCAAGGAGGCGGUCACCUACAUCCGCUUCCGACACCCCGCGGCGCCGCUGUUCGCGGUGAGCGAGGGCUCGGGCUCGGCGCUGCUGCUGUCCUACCUGGGCGAGUGCGGCUCCUCCAGCUACGUGACCGGGGCCGCCUGCAUCUCCCCGGUGCUGCGCUGCCGCGAGUGGUUUGAGGCCGGCCUGCCCUGGCCCUACGAGCGGGGCUUCCUGCUCCACCAGAAGAUCGCCCUCAGCAGGUACAUCACGGCCCUGGAGGACACAGUGGACACCCACAAGCUGUUCAAGAGCCGCUCCCUGCGAGAGUUUGAGGAGACCCUCUUCUGCCACACCAAGAGCUUCCCCAUCAGCUGGGACGCCUACUGGGACCACAACGACCCCCUCCGGGACGUGGACGAGGCGGCCGUACCGGUGCUGUGUAUCCUCAGCGCCGACGACCCCGUGUGUGGGCCCCUAGACCACUUCCUGCCCACCGAACUCUUCCGCAGCAACCCCUACUUCUUCCUCCUGCUCAGCCGCCACGGCGGCCACUGCGGCUUCCUGCGCCAGGACUCCCUGCCCGCGUGGAGCCACGAGGUCAUCCUGGAGUCCUUCCGGGCCUUGACGGACUUCUUCCGAACAGAAGAGAGGAUGAAAGGGCUGAGCAAGCACCGGGGCUCGUUCCUCGGCGGCCGGCGUCGCUGGGGAACCCUGCAGAAGCGGGAGGCCUCUUCCUCUUCCAGCCUGGAUGAGAUCUUCAGCUGGAAGCGAUCGUACACCAGGUGAGACCCGGUGGCAGAACACGCCAUCCUGCGCGGGGAGCAGAGGGCUGAGUGGGGCCAGCAGCUGCAGCAAUUUGCCACUGAUUCAGCCCUUCCUUCUCUCCCGGUCUGUGGAGAGAGAGAAGCUCGCAGCUAGCUGCUACUUACUUGACCCUGAGCACAGCUCCUGCCCAGGCUCUGCUCAGCACGUUCCCGCUCAUCCCGGUCAGCAACUGGACGUUCCUGGUCAUUGUCUCUUGUCACCGACCACGAAAGCCAAACACUAGCACCUUUUAAACCCACAGAUUCAGAGGAAAACGCUCUCCCGCCAGCAAUGACUGCAAGGAGAUGAGUUUCUGUGUCGUUGGGCAGCUCUGUCCCACAUGAAUAAUCAGCUUUGUGACCCUGAUGCUCACGCUGAAGCCACUUCUGUAGCGAGGACAGGAAGUCUGAGUCUCGGUCCCACUUCCCUCAUUUCAUUCUGUGGUUGUGGCACCCUGCUCACUUCAUGCAGGUUGUGGAUGAGGCCUUGAAGAGCCGCUGAGAAAGGUGGCAGAGGCCCCGAGUGCAGUGCUGAGCCGGGGUCAGGAAGAGCCACAAGGGAGAGACUGUGAAUGCCAGUCUGGAAUACUGAGGCCCGUCUCCUGCAAGUUUCCAUGGGGAAUGGAGCUGAUCUGAGGCUUCAGCCUAGGACCUCAAGGCCCACUGGACAGACCCCAAGGAUGAUUUUAGGAACAGGAAGUCCUCGAACACAGUCUACUAGACCAUGGCUCAAGAAGCCAGACUCUCAGGCACGUUAGCUGCUCCCUCCGGUACCAUUUCUGGGGAUUGUCACUCCAGAGAGCUCUGGCCAGAGCUGCUUUUCUCUUGGGACGUGGGCUUUCUCUAAGUGGUGAAAAGUAUAAACCUCAAAUCUUAGGUGUUGUCUGGUUAGCCGCCCUCUUUACUAUCAGCCUCUACAUCUCCAGAACCUGAAGAAACGUCUGGGACCAGGGAAAACAAAAAGUUCCAAGAUGUUGGCUAGAACUGAAUCAGUAAUUUAUAAAUAUUUCACACUACCAUGCUUUUUCUGCUCAAUUAUUCCAAAGGCCAUUCAUGUAGAUGCAGAGGAAGCUGAGUGGGGUGUUUGUUGUAUGAGGAAUAAUGCUGAAGACCAGUGGUGUGACGUAAGGUAUUGUACACAGUGACCCACGUGUCCCGCUUUGGGUUGUUAGACCCUUAAACAAUACAGCAGGACAUCUGAUUCCAUGUGCUGCUAAGAGCUUUGUCCUGAAGUUUUAUUUAACUUCGUCAUUGAGAAAGCGGGCAUCUGUUUUGACUGGAAGCUUCAUCUUUGCCUCAUAAACAGCAAAGCAAGUUUAAAGAGAAGAGAUAUUUAUUGAAGCCAUGUCCUAAGACAAUGACUUCUGGGGCCAUGAUUUCAGGUUUGAAUAAUAUUUUCUUAAUAUAUUUUAUUGAUUUUUUUUUUUUUACAGAGAGGAAGGGAGAGGGAUAGAGUUAGAAACAUUGAUGAGAGAGAAAUAUCAAUCAGCUGCCUCCUGCACCCCCCCACUGGGAAUGUGCCCACAGCCAAGGUACAUGCCCUUGACCGUAAUUGAACCUGGGAUCCUUGAGACUGCAGGCCGAUGCUCUAUCCACUGAGCCAAACCGGUCAGGGCAGGUUUGGAUAAUCUUAAGCCUUAUUCUUCUAGAUCAAAUAAGAAACUCUGAACUAUCCAAGAAUCUAAACAACAUUCAAUUGUCUAAGGCACAUUCUCCUGUCAUGAAAAAAAAAAAAUGCCCUCCCUCCUUUCCCAUGUCUUGCUCCUCUGCACACUCAUCUAAAGUCUUUCACUGUUUCUGAGCAGGAGGAAUAACAAGGAACUGAUAUCUAAAGAGGCCGUUCACCGCUGAUUAACAACCUUGUGAGGCUGGGUGCAGGAGAACGGCUGACAUCAGCCCCCUCACCCCCAACAUCGGGUACAAUUGGAAUUUCAGUUAAUUAGGGGCCCACAGUCCCAUAUGAAGUCACUCCAAACUGACUGCAAAAUGGGAAGCAGCCCAUUGGUUUGAAACAGCCCUGUUUCUGGCUUAAAUGGCCUCCAAGGUCUAAAUCUGUAUUGCCAGGUACCCCAGAACUCUGGUUCUUUAAGAUAAUAAUAGCCUUUUGAGAAGUCAUGGUAUUUCCCUUUCCUUUUAUAGGAAAGUCUGCAGGGAGAAA